GCUGCACUGACAAGCCGAUUGGUUGCAGCACUCGGCUACAUUUCUCCAUUUAUGGACUGAUUGGCAGAAUUACCGCAUUCACCGGGACGACCAUUCACCAGUUCUCCCUCCACUCUCUGCCUGCACAGCGUUUCAGAGACACUCUGGAGCUACAAGGACUGAUUCAUCCAAAGGAAAACCUGAUUAUUCCUUUCUGUUUCUCCCCCUCCACCCUCUCUCUCUCUCUCUCUCUUGGAAACAUGGAUCCAACCUGGAUCUCCCUUCAUCGUGGGCUCCUGCAUCGACAGUAGAUGGAGUUCAACUUUGUCUCAGAGGCAGGGGAUCGCCGGUGAAGAGCACAUCGUAGGGUGGCACCGUUUCGUCUGAGGCAGCAAACUCUUCCCGGAGCCGGUAUAUAUUCCAAGGAAGCGCAAUGGGGAGUAAAGGUCACUACAGGUAUCACUGGCAGAGUCACAAUGUCAAACAGAGUGGAGUGGACGAUAUGGUGCUUCUCACAAAAAUCACAGAGGAUGGCAUUGUCGACAACCUGAAGAAACGAUACAUGGAUGACUAUAUUUUUACAUAUAUUGGGCCUGUGCUUAUCUCUGUGAACCCAUUCAAACAAAUGCCCUACUUUGGAGAAAAGGAAAUUGAAAUGUAUCAAGGAGCGGCUCCAUAUGAAAAUCCACCUCACAUCUACGCUCUGGCAGAUAAUAUGUAUCGGAACAUGAUUAUUGAUGGAGAAAAUCAAUGUGUCAUCAUCAGUGGUGAAAGUGGGGCUGGAAAGACAGUGGCUGCAAAAUACAUCAUGAGUUAUGUCUCUAGAGUCUCUGGUGGUGGGCCCAAAGUACAGCAUAUAAAAGACAUCAUUCUUCAAUCAAAUCCACUCCUAGAAGCAUUUGGGAAUGCUAAAACAGUGAGAAACAAUAACUCCAGCAGAUUUGGGAAAUACUUUGAAAUCCAGUUUAGCCCAGGUGGGGAGCCAGAUGGUGGAAAAAUCUCCAACUUCCUACUGGAAAAAUCCCGGGUUGUUACACGGAAUCCUGGAGAACGAAGCUUCCAUAUUUUCUACCAGCUCAUUGAAGGUGCAUCUGCAGACCAAAAGUCUAAUCUGGGAAUCACUAGUCUGGACUAUUAUUUUUACCUCAAUCAAUCUGGUUCCUACAAAGUGGAUGACAUUAAUGAUCGGAAGGAUUUUCAAGAAACAUUGCACGCUAUGAACGUGAUUGGAAUCUUUGCUGAUGAACAGGCGAUGGUUUUACAGAUUGUGGCUGGCGUGCUUCACAUGGGCAAUCUGAGUUUUAAAGAGGUUGGCAACUAUGCUGCUGUAGAAAGUGAAGAAUUCCUAGCAUUCCCAGCUUUCCUACUUGGUAUUGAUCAAGAACGAUUAAAGGAAAAAUUGACCAGCCGGAAAAUGGACAGCAAAUGGGGAGGAAGGUCUGAAAGCAUUAAUGUGACGUUAAAUGUGGAGCAGGCAUGUUACACAAGGGAUGCACUUUCCAAGGCUCUUCACGCACGCAUUUUUGACUAUUUAGUAGAUUCCAUUAACAAAGCCAUGGAGAAAGACCAUGAGGAGUACAACAUUGGUGUUCUAGAUAUUUAUGGCUUCGAGAUUUUUCAAAAAAAUGGCUUUGAGCAGUUUUGCAUCAACUUUGUGAAUGAAAAGCUCCAGCAGAUAUUUAUUGAGCUCACUCUGAAAGCUGAGCAGGAAGAAUAUGUGCAGGAGGGAAUCAAGUGGACUGCAAUCGACUAUUUCAAUAAUAAAGUAGUCUGUGACCUUAUAGAGAACAAAGUUAAUCCACCAGGAAUUUUGAGUAUUUUGGAUGACGUAUGUGCGACGAUGCAUGCAACAGGAGAGGGGGCAGAUCAGACACUGUUACAGAAGUUGCAGAUGCAAAUUGGAACCCACGAACACUUCAAUAGCUGGAAUCAGGGCUUUAUCAUUCAUCACUAUGCAGGCAAGGUGUCCUACAACGUGGAGGGUUUCUGUGAACGGAAUCGAGAUGUACUUUUCACCGAUCUGAUUGAACUCAUGCAGAGCAGUGAGCUCCCUUUCAUUCGUGCACUUUUUCCUGAAAGUCUACAAGCAGAAAAGAAGGGUCGACCCACAACUGCAGGCAGCAAAAUUAAGAAACAAGCCAAUGAUCUUGUGGGCACUCUGAUGAAAUGUACACCACAUUAUAUCCGCUGUAUCAAACCUAAUGAAACCAAGAAACCCAGAGAUUGGGAAGAGAGCAGGGUGAAGCAUCAAGUGGAGUAUCUAGGUUUAAAGGAAAAUAUCCGAGUGAGGCGAGCAGGCUACGCUUACAGACGAGUUUUUAAGAAAUUCUUGCAGAGGUACGCUAUUCUGACUAAAGAGACAUGGCCUUCAUGGAGAGGAGAUCUGAAACAAGGAGUUGUCCACCUCCUCCGAUCAGUCAACAUGGAUCCAGAUCAGCACCAGCUGGGCAAAACUAAAGUCUUUAUCAAAGCGCCUGAGUCUUUGUUUUUGCUUGAGGAGAUGAGGGAAAGAAAAUAUGAUGCAUAUGCUCGAGCGAUUCAGAAGGCAUGGCGGAGAUAUGCUGCAAGGAAGAAAUAUGUAAAAAUGAGAGAGGAAGCUUCGGAUCUGCUACUUAAUAAAAAGGAGAGACGCAGAAACAGCAUCAACAGGAACUUUGUUGGUGACUACAUUGGAAUGGAAGAUCUUCCUGAACUGCGACAGUUCAUUGGGAAAAGAGAGAAGGUUGAAUUUGCAGACACUGUCACGAAAUAUGACCGAAGGUUCAAGAGUGUGAAACGUGACCUUGUGCUCACCCCUAAGUUUGUGUACCUCAUUGGACGAGAGAAGGUAAAGGACGGUCCUAUGAAAGGCCAGGUGAAAGAAGUGCUAAAGAGAAAGAUCGAGUUGGAGCGGAUUUUAACCGUUUCGUUGAGCACCCUGCAAGAUGACUUCUUCAUCCUACAUGAGCAGGAGUAUGACAGUCUGCUGGAGUCCGUCUUUAAAACGGAGUUCAUCAGCCUCUUAUCAAAACGCUAUGAAGAACGAAUGCAAAGGAAGCUACCUCUGAGGUUUAGUAACACACUUGAAAUGAAAGUGCGGAAGGAUAACUGGGGUCCUUGGAGUGCUGGUAACUCUCGCCAAGUCCAGUUUGUCCAAGGCAACGGGCAUGUGGCUGUGCUCAAACCCAGCACUAAAACCUUGCAGGUCAGCAUUGGCCCAGGGUUACCGAAGAACUCACGGCCCACAAGGAGGGACUUAACACAAGGGAGACAACAAGCAACUAGGCCCCAAAUGACAUCUGUCCCAACCCGAACAGCACCCCCUCCUCCUGGUCCCCAUCAGAAUGGAGUUGUAAAAGGCUUCCACAACACCUCACAAUGGCCACCUUUAAAUUCUCAACCCAGUCAGAGAAUACCCUACCAGGGCACCAAGUCAGACCGACCAUCACUGCCAAGGCAAGGCACCAACUUCACAGAGCAACACGCCCGCAUUCAACAUAAUCUGGAUUUCCUGAAAGUGCCCGAGCAAGGUGCUGCAGGUAAACGUACUGGAAUGACACGACCAAAUGGAGGAAAUGCACACAGACAGAUGACAAAUCGCCCACCCCCAGCAGGAGGUCGGCCAAAGCCACAACCCAAACCCAAGCCUCAGGUACCACAGUGCAAAGCACUCUAUGCAUACGAUGCUCAGGACACAGAUGAACUUAGCUUUAAUGCUGAAGAUGUUAUAGAAAUCGUUAGGGAAGAUCCCUCAGGCUGGUGGAUAGGAAGACUGCGAGGAAAACAGGGAUUGUUCCCCAACAACUAUGUUGCCAAGAUAUAAUCCUCAGUUACUAUCAAGAUCUAUCGUAAAACCAAAUUGAAAUAUUGUGAUUCUGCAGGUGAUGUUUUGAUGACUGGAGGGCAUACUGUAUAGAAAUCUUUCCAAAUGUAUAAUUCUACAAAUAUUGGUAGUCUGGAGCUACACAACAGCUGGGAUCGUGCUGAAGGAACUGUAAUUUAUUGUAUUUAUAUUUUUGUUUCCUCACAAAUAAAGGUGUAUAACUGGUAGUUUAGAGAGAAUGUUGCAUUUAUCUUUGAUGAUAGGUUCUGUGUAUAGGUUUUAUCGUUCUUGCCUGAAGUGCCCUUUGUCAUUUAAUGCUUAGCAGACCCUCAUAUUUCUUAGUGAUCUGCUCUUUCUUCAGGAAUAAUAGUGAUGAAAAGUGAAACUUCCUUAUGCAGUGCAUUCCAAUUUGGGAAAACACUAAACUUUGCUGCUGAGUCAUGAAGGAUGUUUGCAUGUGACACCCAAAGAAAAUAGUUUCAGCUUUCUACAAAUCGCUAUCGAGGUCCUGUAGACUUCAUUGGUGGUCAGUGUAAAGGUUAAAGGAGAAAGCGAUCUUCUCAGUACUGUACAAAUGUAACAUUUGCAUUUUAAAGUGCCUUUUAAUUAAACGCAUAAUGUGGCUGGUCCAUAUUAGUGCUGUAUCUGAUGUAAAGUUGAGGUAAUAAGAGAAAAUGUUCUAGUCCUUUUCCUUUACUGUACAUUAUGAAACUCUGAAUAAUCCUACAAACUGAUGUCUAACAAUUACAUAUUGUCAUAUUCUACUGCACUUACUCUGUAAGCUAUAGGCCAGUGCUUACCAAAUGUUUUUCCAUUUUGAGGAUUGAAAAUUGCCAUGACCUCGCAGCGAGACCUGUGAGGAGCUUGGUGAGGGAGUCUGUAAGAUUGGCCAGAGAGAGCAGGGGCCCAUCAGACUUGGGACACCACUGUUCUAGCUCAGUCAGAGCACCAUGACAGUCAAUACUGUUUGGAGCAUGUGAGCCCUAAGUUUUAGCUCACAAUCCCAGUUGGGGAUCCUGAUCCCCCACUUUGGGAAACCUUUCUUUAGGCUAUUCAGUUAGAAUAUAGAAGCACUGUCAAAUGCUUACUGCUGCAUUCUCUGUUUGGCCAGUGUAUUAAAUUUUAUAAAUUUACAUAUGGACAAAAUUUUAAAUGUACUAGGAUUACUAGAUUGUCAUUAAUAAAUGUAUUCAAUAAUACAGUA